AUGAAAUUCACUCUGUUCACCCAGGCUGCCAUGGCCAUCCCCUUCAUCACUGGAGCUCUGGCUACUCCUACUCCUGAUGCCUCUGAGGUCAAACGGGCAGAUUGCUCCAUGACAGUCCGAUACAGAAAGGAUUGGGUCGAGAGUGGUCUAGACAGAUAUCGAAUGCAGCUUAUCACAAACCCUCGCAAUGACCGACAUCUCGAUGUUUACUGCGAUGCAUUCAAAGCACCAGUUGGCUUUACCAUCAACCCUCAGUGUUUCUGGGGAGAUGCAUACUAUGUUGAUGUCAGCGCUGCUCGAGGUCCUGCAGGACGAAGGGCAGUUCAGGACGCUCAUAACAAAGCCUGUAAUGAUUUCGAAGUGUACACCGGUUGCCGAACAAUCAGAGAGUUCUAA